AUGGCUGGUUAUAUUGCUAAACAACUCGUGGCAAAACCUUUAGAUGCAGUUAAAAACGUUGCCAAAGAUGCUGGAUCCUUAACAACACCAACAAAUGACGAUCUCGAAGCAUCAAUAAUUGCAGCUGAAGAAAAACGUAGAGAAAGAUUUGAAGGUUUAGAAGAACAAAGAGAAAAUAUGAGACAGACAAUUAGAGAUAAAUAUGGACUGAAGAAGAAAUCUGAUUUUCUGGAAGUAGGAACACCAGAUGGCUCAAGACGAUCGUCAACUCAUCGAUGCUCUGAUGUUAACUUAAAUACACAUCGUCGAUCUGCUCAAGAGGACUCAUUUAUGAAAUUUAUUCCAACUGCAGUACAAGAUGUUGCAUCGAAAGUAGUGGAAUUACCACAACAAUUAGCAAAUCAAGCAACUGAUAAAUGUUGUCUUAUGUAA